AUGAACAGGAAGCUAUCACGUGCGGCGGCCGGCGAUUCCCGCCACCCGGAUGAUAUUAGGCCUGAUAUGGCCGCCUACCCGCUGACCUUUUAUCCACAGGCCAAUUUUCCGACAGUCAUCGGUCAAUUCGACAACCUGGUCGGUAUCCCUGGCCCUGUUCCAGAGAGAGUUUCCAGCAUACCUAUGGCAGUCUCGUAUUCUGUCCCGGGACCCCAUACUGAGCCCACUGUGGCCUGUGGUCCUGAUCCGCUGCAUAAUCCAUAUUUUUCCUGUCUCCGCCCGGUAUACCCGGUCGCUUACGUGCCAGGCACCGCCAUAAAGGCCUUCCCCACCACGCAGGCCCCGGCUGCCGUCCCGGGCUACCCUGCUGCACCCAUCCAGCUCGAAAUUCCGGUUUCUGUGAAUCGUCAUCCAAUGAAUUACCUCCAGACGACACCACAGCAAAUUAUGUACGCCCAGACGCGGCAGGCAGCUCUAAACCGGGCAGCCUACAGUGACCCGGGCUUGUACACGGUCGGUCGGCCGGUGCUGAAGUCCGCCGACCCGAUAUAUGCCAGGGUUGGGCCUUUUAACGGCUUCGUACCACCCCCUGCCGUUGCUCUAAGUGCCCUGCCGAAUAAUGUUCGCGGCACGAAAAAAGCACCGUCGCCGUCGAUCGACGCGCCGACGACCGGUGUAAGGAUGCGUCUGCGGACGCCCGCCCGGAAUACAAGCAGCUCCCAGGAUCUAGUCGUUGACGUGAAGGUCGUCGGGAGGUCAUCUCGCAGCGUGGACCGGCGGUUCACCUGCCGUACCUGCGGGAAGUCGUACACAAGGAAGAACAAUUUGAUCGCACACAAGCAGUCGGCACGCGCAAGUCAAAAAAUGUACCACUGCGAGAAAUGCGACAGAUACUUCAAGCGUAAGUUUGAUUUCACCCGGCACAACACCGAGCAGCACACGAGUCAAGAAAAGCGCUUUGUGUGCUCCGGCAAGCUUCCCGAUGGAAAAGUCUGGGGCUGUGGAAGGAGGUUUUUUCGCAAAGACCAACUUAAAAGUCACUUGCGAGCUGCCAGAGCAGGCACCACAUGCUUGAAUUCUGUUCCCAUAGGUGCUACUGUAGAGGCCCAUGGCAUUCUUGUCAAGAAAUCCGCUAAGAUGCCUGCAUUUAGAGACAGUCUUGGGCUGUUAAUGAGACCGGGGUGA